AUGUUCAUUCCAUCAGAAACAUGUGCUGAACUUUUCUUCUUAACAUUCUUCUUGAUUAAUGCGGCAAAAGGUUUUCAAAAGACGGAAGGAAAAUGUGGCUGCUUGAUUACAACUGGUUGGAAAAUAAACAAAUUAAAACCACCACCAACCAGCAAUCUAGUACCAAAAUGCGUGACACAAGCUUUAACCAAACGUGACAUAACAUUCAGAUGUCAUUUAAAUUUUCUCCAUUUCUACAUUCUGCAAAUGUUAAGCCUUAAUAGAAAAUGGAUAAUUUCUUCUACAAAUGUAUCUCAAAAUGAUCCAUUAAAGCUGUUCUUGGAAUUAAUUCUAUUCUUUAAGAAUGUAGCUAUUGUGAAAAGAAACAUAAACGAAACAUAUGCUAUUAUGUUUCUUGUGUGGAAUGAAAAUUUGUAUCAAAUAGAAAUUAAUGAUGAGGUUUUGUUUGAGUUUAGCUUCACCAUGGGUUUGAAUUUUACUUUUUACUUGUUCACCCAAAUUCUAAAAGAAAAAAUUGAUUUUCAUCCGAACGAAACGAAACAAAGCCAACCAACGCAAAGACGAAACCAACAAAAUAUUCAGCCAAAAAUUGGUUAUUCUGACCUCAAUUUUACGUCCAAUAAUUCUCAUUUGCUUCUUUGA